AUGGACAAACUGAGUCAGACAAAUGAUGACCUCCGAUACCAUCUGAGCACAACAAGAGAGGAGCCAGAGCAGAGAGAGAGGUACAUUUACCCCCUCAACCAGCAGCUAGUCAAUAUGUCCUCUGCAUCUAGAGAACAUGUCCACCAGCUUGGUACAACACAGGCAGAACCUGAGACCAGCAUAACCAGCAUGGCCUCCACCACACAGCCUGAUGACACUGCACCAGCCUCCCAGUCUGCUCCAGCCCAGGUCAGCCUCCCAGCCUCCCAGUCUGCUCCAGCCCAGGUCAGCCAACCAGCCUCCCAGUCUGCUCCAGCCCAGGUCAGCCUCCCAGCCUCCCAGUCUGCUCCAGCCCAGGUCAGCCUACCAGCCUCCCAGUCUGCUCCAGCCCAGGUCAGCCUACCAGCCUCCCAGUCUGCUCCAGCCCAGGUCAGCCUACCAGCCUCCCAGUCUGCUCCAGCCCAGGUCAGCCUCCCAGCCUCCCAGUCUGCUCCAGCCCAGGUCAGCCUACCAGCCUCCCAGUCUGCUCCAGCCCAGGUCAGCCUACCAGCCUCCCAGUCUGCUCCAGCCCAGGUCAACCAACCAGCCUCCCAGUCUGCUCCAGCCCAGGUCAACCUACCAGCCUCCCAGUCUGCUCCAGCCAGGUCAGCCUACCAGCCUCCCAGUCUGCUCCAGCCCAGGUCAGCCUACCAGCCUCCCAGUCUGCUCCAGCCCAGGUCAGCCUACCAGCCUCCCAGUCUGCUCCAGCCCAGGUCAACCAACCAGCCUCCCAGUCUGCUCCAGCCCAGGUCAACCUACCAGCCUCCCAGUCUGCUCCAGCCCAGGUCAGCCUACCAGCCUCCCAGUCUGCUCCAGCCCAGGUCAGCCUACCAGCCUCCCAGUCUGCUCCAGCCCAGGUCAGCCUACCAGCCUCCCAGUCUGCUCCAGCCCAGGUCAACCUACCAGCCUCCCAGUCUGCUCCAGCCCAGGUCAACCUACCAGCCUCCCAGUCUGCUCCAGCCCAGGUCAGCCUACCAGCCUCCCAGUCUGCUCCAGCCCAGGUCAGCCUCCCAGUCUGCUCCAGCCCAGGUCAGCCUACCAGCCUCCCAGUCUGCUCCAGCCCAGGUCAGCCUCCCAGUCUGCUCCAGCCCAGGUCAGCCUACCAGCCUCCCAGUCUGCUCCAGCCCAGGUCAGCCUCCCAGUCUGCUCCAGCCCAGGUCAGCCUCCCAGUCUGCUCCAGCCCAGGUCAGCCUCCCAGUCUGCUCCAGCCCAGGUCAGCCAACCAGCCUCCCAGUCUGCUCCAGCCCAGGUCAGCCUACCAGCCUCCCAGUCUGCUCCAGCCCAGGUCAGCCUACCAGCCUCCCAGUCUGCUCCAGCCCAGGUCAACCUACCAGCCUCCCAGUCUGCUCCAGCCCAGGUCAGCCUACCAGCCUCCCAGUCUGCUCCAGCCCAGGUCAGCCUACCAGCCUCCCAGUCUGCUCCAGCCCAGGUCAGCCAACCAGCCUCCCAGUCUGCUCCAGCCCAGGUCAGUCUACCAGCCUCCCAGUCUGCGUCACCCAGACAAUCAUCCACAACUGCAAUCCUUAUCGAUUCAAAUGGGAAGUUCUUGGUCCAGGAAAGAUUAUUCCCUAGACACCAGGUGUAUAAGUUCUGGUGUCCUACAACUGAGAGUGCAAUGCAGCUACUCAGUCAGACCAGGAUUGACACCCCCGACAACAUCAUCAUCCACACUGGCACAAACGACCUUCAUGCCAAAGGUGAAAAUGUAUCUGGGGCAGUGAGAAGAGUGGCAGAACGGGCCCAGGCUAUGUUCCCAACAACCAAUAUAGUUGUGUCCACCCUCCUACCAAGAAAAUACUUCCCAGGACAGUUGAUCGACAGAAUAAAUCGACAGAUCACUGUGGACUGUGCCUCACUGCUCAACGUUAGAAUGGCUCACCAUCCCACUCUGACAGGUGAACACUUAUACGAUAAUGUACAUCUUGAUCAGGACAGUGUCAGAACUUUUGCUAAGGACCUUAAGGAUGUAACACUUGGCAGGGACCCACACACCCAUCACCCCAGCAGCAGAGUCCCCCCGCCCCACCUUCUGAAACAACAGUACCCCCACCAUCCCCAGGAGAGAAGAGCCAGACACGGCUUUUUACAGCACAGCUCUACAAGACCGGGCCCAACACAGCACAGAUUUACCAGACCAGACCCGCCUCAGGACAGCACGACCAGACCCGGCCCAUCACAACACAGCUCUACUAGACCCCACCCAUCACAACACAGCUCUACUAGACCCGACCCAUCACAACACAGCUCUACUAGACCAGGCCCAUCACAACACAGCUCUACUAGACCCCAUCACAACACAGCUCUACUAG